GGUUACGAACCUAUAGAUCCGGCAGGGGGAAGAUUAAUAUUAAUUAGGGGAUUGGCUCGUACUUUUGUAGUUUUUUCCUUUAUGGGAAGUUUUUAAAUCUGAUAUCAUUUUAAUCUAGAUGGGUUCUGCAACUUCGAUUCAUCCCGCCAAGGCAACUGUGUCACCGGAGAUUGCGGCGGCGUUCUUAAAUGUGCCGGAGCUGGCGGAGUUCCUCCAGUCACACUACAACGUCAAGAUAGGGAUAAAACCCCAAGGAGGUACCGGAGAUUGCAAAUACGCAGGCUGCUUCUCCGAUCUCAACGUGAUUUGCCCUAACGAGCUUCGAGUCAUGGAUCCACAGAACAACAACGUGGUGGCGUGCAAGAGCGCCUGCCAGGCGUUUAACAAACCGGAAUAUUGCUGCACGGGAGCUUACUCGAAGACGUUCAAGAAAGCUUGUCAUAGCGCUUACAGCUACGCCUAUGACGACGCAACAAGCACCUUCGCUUGUUCCCAAUCUAACUACUUGAUCACGUUCUGUCCCACCCGCUCUUAAAAACCGGUGCUCCGGUUUAGAUUCGGGCCGGGCCGGGUUUCUCUCUCUCACGUUUCUUUUGGUUGCUUGCUAUGCACGUAAGAUUAAUAUCUUCCACUUGUAUGAUUAAAGAAGAUGCUUAUAACUCAUAUAAAUACAGAAGAUAAAGAGAUAUUCCUAACAUAGAGUUAUAAGAGAAUAACUACAUAUACA